GGAAUCGACUGGUAAUUCUGACAGUAUAUAACACAAGUAACUUACAAAUAAAAGAAAAUCACGGCAAACUAAGGCAAUAUUGUUUAUAUUUGAACUUCAUGUUACGUAUUGAUUUUAAAUUUGCAAAGAAAAUAGGCCGGUGGUGAGAUUACUCGUCUAUUUAGAAAACCGUUACAACCGGAUAUCUCGCUCCGUUUCACUACGUUACCCGGCAUGCCCCUCGGCCCGAGUUCAAAGUGUCUCGUUGUGUGCUACUUUUCUCUCCCAGAUGGGGGGUUACGCCGAGCCGAGAGCAGCUCCAAUCCCACAAUAGCGACUGAGUUUGUCAAGCAAGCGCUGCUGGUGGUUUUCAAUCUAAAAGGGGGAGAAAGCUAGCCCGGGGAAGCUCUGCGGAGGAGAGAUGUAAAAUGGCAGAGCUACAAAUGCUGUUAGAGGAAGAGAUUCCGGCCGGUAAACGUGCGCUUGUGGAGAGUUACCAGAACCUGACCAGAGUAGCUGACUACUGCGAGAACAACUAUGUCCAGGCCCAGGACAAACACAAGGCCCUGGAGGAGACCAAGGCCUACACCACCCAGUCCCUGGCCAGCGUGGCCUACCAGAUCAAUGCCCUGGCCAACAAUGUGCUGCAGCUACUGGACAUCCAAGCAUCGCAGCUCCGCCGCAUGGAGUCCUCCAUCAACCACAUCUCCCAGACGGUGGACAUCCACAAGGAGAAGGUGGCCCGGCGAGAGAUCGGCAUCCUGACCACCAAUAAGAACACGGCGCGCACCCACAAGAUCAUCGCGCCGGCCAACAUCGAGCGGCCCGUGCGCUACAUCCGCAAGCCCAUCGACUACAACGUGCUGGACGACGUGGGCCACGGGGUCAAGUGGCUAAAAGCCAAGCAACAUGGAAACAAUCAGCCAAUCAGAGGUGGCGGAACUCUGUCGAGGACCAAUCCCCCGACGCAGAAGCCCCCGAGCCCGCCCAUGGCAGGGCGGGGCACCUUGGGGCGCAACGCGUCCUACAAGACCCUGGAGCCGGUGAAACCGCCAACGGUGCCCAACGACUAUAUGACCAGCCCCGCACGGCUCAGCCACCAGAACAGCCCCGGCCGCACGGCCUCCGUCAACCAGAGGCAACGCACGCACAGCGGGAGCAGUGGGGGCAGCAGCAGCAGAGAGAACAGCGGCAGCAGCCUGCCCAUCGCCGUGCCAACGCCCUCCAUCCCCAACUCUGGACCAGUCCAGUUCUUGUUCCCUCCCCUUGGAGCCCCUCCCCCACCCCCACCCCCACCUACUCCUCCUCCUCCUCCACCCCUCCUGCCGGCCCCCCCCAUGUCGGGGCUAGCCAACCCACCUCCUCCUCCACCCCUAGCCGUGAUUCCUGGGCCAGGCCUGGGCCCCGUCCCAAUGUCUCAGUUCGGGACCAUCUCGCGGCAGAUCUCGCGCCACAACUCCUCCACCUCCUCUUCCGUCUCCAUGGUUUCGGCCACGGGAACCUACCGCCGCGCGCCCUCCACCACCUCCCAGUUCUCCCUGCAGCAGCAGCAGCAGCAGCUCCAGCAACAGCAGCUCCAGCAGCAACAGCUACAACAGCAGCAGCAAUUUCAGCAGCAGCAGCAGAUACAGAUUCAACAGCAGCAGCUACAGCUGCAGCAGAUGGCGCAGAUGCAGCAACAGCAAAUGCCUCACAUUAACGGAGGCACCCCUGGUUAUGGGCUGAACUCAAUGUCUAUCGCCCCUCCUCCGCCUCCCAUGCCACAGCUGACACCUCAGAUUCCACUCACUGGCUUUGUGGCCAGGAUGCAGGAGAGCAUCGCGGAUUCGCCCACCCCCCCGCCUCCACCACCGCCCGACAGCAUGGCGCUGUUCGACGACUCCCCCCCGCCGCCUCCCCCUCCACCCGUGGACUACGAGGAGGAGGAGGCGGCUGUGGUCCACUACAGCGACCCCUACGCCGACGGAGACCCCAACUGGGCCCCCAAGAACUACAUUGAGAAAGUGGUGGCCAUCUACGACUACUCCAAGGACAAGGAUGACGAGCUAUCCUUCAUGGAGGGCGCCAUCAUCUACAUCAUCAAGAAGAACGACGACGGCUGGUACGAGGGCGUGUCCGGUAGCGUCACCGGCCUCUUCCCCGGGAACUACGUGGAGUCCAUCAUGCACUACGCCGACUGAGCUAGCCGCUAGCCGCGCUAGCUAAAAGACGCCGCCUUGUGACGCAAGCUUGCUACUGACUGUCAGAGAUGUUAGCUAGUAGACUCCAGUUAGCCGAGGCCAGUUAGAGACGCUAGCUAGCCGAGGCCAUUUAGAGACGCUAGCUAGCCGAGGCCAGUUUGCGACGCAAGCUAGCCGAGGCCAGUUUGCGACGCUAGCUAGCCGAGGCCAGUUUGCGACGCUAGCUAGCAGAGGCCAGUUUGCGACGCAAGCUAGCCGAGGCCAGUUUGCGACGCAAGCUAGCCGAGGCCAGUUUGCGACGCAAGCUAGCAGAGGCCAGUUUGCGACGCAAGCUAGCCGAGGCCAGUUUGCGACGCAAGCUAGCCGAGGCCAGUUUGCGACGCAAGCUAGCCGAGGCCAGUUUGCGACGCUAGCUAGCCGAGGCCAGUUUGCGACGCUAGCUAGCCGAGGCCAGUUUGCGACGCAAGCUAGCCGAGGCCAGUUUGCGACGCUAGCUAGCCGAGGCCAGUUUGCGACGCUAGCUAGCCGAGGCCAGUUUGCGACGCUAGCUAGCCGAGGCCAGUUUGCGACGCUAGCAAGGCGAGGCCAGUUUGCGACGCUAGCAAGGCGAGGCCAGUUUGCGACGCUAGCUAGGCGAGGCCAGUUUGCGACGCUAGCUAGCCGAGGCCAGUUUGCGACGCUAGCUAGCCGAGGCCAGUUUGCGACGCUAGCUAGCCGAGGCCAGUUUGCGACGCUAGCUAGCCGAGGCCAGUUUGCGACGCUAGCUAGCCGAGGCCAGUUUGCGACGCUAGCUAGCCGAGGCAAGUUUGUGACGCUAGCUAGCCGAGGCCAGUUUGUGACGCUAGCUAGCCAUGGCUAGGAAGCGACCCUAGCUAGCCGAGGCCAGUUUGCAAUGCUAGCUGGUCAACUUCAGUUAGCGAUGCUAGCAGGGCCAAUGCGUGGUGGCGGCGUAUUUAUUGAUACCGCGAUCCUGGUCUAAACUCGAGACCACUGCCGCCAGGUCAAACCCCAAACACCCCCCAUCCUAACGUAUACGUAGGCACAACGUUUAACUGCUUUUCUUUUUGAUAUCACAAUGUUAUUGCCCCCUUAACAAAUAUGUUUGCAAAUAAAUAAAUAAAAAAUGUUUAUCGAUAAGAGUUUAUUUUGCGGUUUGCAUACCGGGGAGGGGAGAGGAGGGAUUUGUUGAAACGUAUAAACAGGGAAAGAUUGCAAAGUCUUGGAACUGUACAAUGGAUCGGAUACUCUAGUUCAGUCUCUGGAGGUCUGGGAAUACCGAGACUGAUCGUUGCAACCAAGCUCGAGAACAGCAGACUUUUACAACACUUCUUAAAUGUACUACAGAUUCCUGACGGCUACUUGGAUGAUGAACUUGGGUCAUGUUUCCCGCCAUUAUGGGAUUUAUUGGUCGGUCCAGUAAACCAAGUCAACAUAUGGGUAAAGCGAGCUCAGAUGAUUCCUUAAAAGACACGUUUUUUUAAUCUCAAUUAAGGGCUGUGAAUAAAAGAUAAAAAAAAAAAGAUAACAUAUUGACUUGAACAGGCGAGCUGACGGAUUGACAUACGCUUAUUUAUGUAUGCAAAUCCUACAGAAUGGUUGUGACUCAGGGUUGUGUCGAAUGCGGCAGGACUCUCAAUGCGCUCUUAAUUUGGUAGUUCUCUAAUUGUAAAUACAAUUAGAGUCUCUAAUUGUAUGUAAUGGUUAAUUCACUGCCUGCCCAUUACCGAUGGCUGUCUGGGAUUAUGCUAAUCUAAUCAACCACAAUACUAAUCCCAAUACCAAUAAAUCUUGUCUAGGUAUGUAUGGACAAUUAUAUAUCCUGAAGGCAAAUUACACAAGAAAUUCACAUCAUGGUGAGAAAGCAUGCAAUAUAGAAUUUAUGAAAUGUAUUACCGUUUAUGUUGUCAAUAUAUACAAAUUGAUUUGUUUUUAUUGCAUUGUUUAAUUUGUUGUACUGUCCAAAUCACUGAAUGAUUUAGAAUUUUUAAUAAGAACUUUUUCAGGGCUCCGGUUUUUAAAAUGCUGAUUUUCGUUUGGUUCAGAAUUUGAACACUUCAGUUUCACAUCUUGAUUAUGGCUUUCAAUGUCAGACGCAUUGUUUAUAACUUUUUACUUCUAUAAAAUAUGUGAACAAUGUCUCCGGAGGGAAACUAGGCGUUCCCCGUCUUCUCCGGGUUAUGUUUCAGUUUGAGAUGACUUGCCAAUCACUGCCAGCCCUCGCCGAGCAAAAAAAGGAAAUCUGAAUCUGAGAUUAUGAGGAAAGGGUUGUGAGUGAUUGAAUUGAUCUUUCAGCUUUGAUUUGUCAAGCUAUAGAUUAUUCUAGUGUAUGAUUAACGCAUUACCCUUUACCUCACAAGAGGGUGCAACAUAAUGGCCUGAUUGGGUGAUUUCUCCCAUGAUGCCUUGCAUUUCCCCAGAUCCUUAAUCUGACCAGAACCUAAAAAAUAAAACAAUCUUAAUACCCUACCAUUUGCAAUACAUCAUGGGAAAUAAACUACAGAAAAAAAGGUGGUUGCAAACAAAACAAGUAAGGGGCUUUGAUUAAUGAGCAUCUUUGUUUCCAUGGGGAAUGCAUUAAGUUUGGUUUAAUUUGAAACGAGGAUGUACACAGAAGUUCAGAUUCAUGGCUAGAAAACGUAAUGGGUCCAACAUCUCUGCCCCUACAUUGUAUAUAUAAUGUGUUCAUUGAAAACUUAAUGUACAGUCUUUUAUAAUAAACCAUUAUAUGUACAAUA